GCAAAGAGAAGACAGGGCCGAAUGUCUGUGGACAGCACGAGUCACUCAUGAAAACGAGGUUAAAGGUUAUUUGAGCUCUGGCAUGUGUCAUCCCUGCAGAAACAAUGUCACAUACCCAGAGUGAGAUCUACACAUACGACUUCUGUGAUGGAGACCAUGCAGCAGAGCUCCUGGAUGCUCUCAGGCAUUUCUACGUGGAUGGCCUCUUCACGGACGUUUCUCUGCAAUGUGGAGAGUCUGGACAGGUGUUCCACUGUCACAAGGCUCUGCUGUCAGCCCGCAGUUCCUAUUUCAAAGUCAUGUUCACAGCUGAUAUGAUGGAGAGGUCCAACAGUGUCAUAAAGCUGACAGGGGUGGACUGUGUUGUCCUGGGUGCUCUGGUGAACUAUGUGUACACGGCUCAGGUGUGCAUCACUGAAACCAACGUGCAGAGCCUGCUGGAGGCUGCAGACCUCCUGCAGUUCCUCUCUGUGAAACGAGCAUGCGAGGAGUUUCUCAUUCGCCUCCUGGAUGUGGGGAACUGCUUAGGGAUGCACGCUUUUGCACAGCUGCAUUUGUGUACCAGCCUGGAGAGGGAAGCCCGCAGGGUGAUGCUGAGCUGCUUUACAGAGCUCAUUCUGCAGGAGGAGUUCCUGGAGCUGGAUUAUGAGAGGAUUAGAUCAGUCUUGGCAGCUCAGAGCCUCACCGUGCAGAGGGAUGAGGUGUUGAUAGAUGCCGUAGUUAAAUGGGUAACCCAUGACUUGGAUAACCAUGUGCACCAUGCUGCAGAGUUGCUGCGCUGCAUCCAUCUGGACUUGGAUGAAGUUUACUUAAAGGCUGCUUUAGAGGUGCAUGGACAGAGUUUGCUGCACAGUGAAGGUAAAUUGAAAACACUGAUCAAUCAGGCUUUAAGGUCAAAUGGAAAGGAGGUGUCUGCAUGCAGAAAGAUGUCAUCAAGCAUGUACAUAGUUGGUGGAUACUACUGGCACCCUCUUUGUGAAGUCCACAUAUGGGAUCCCAUCAGCAACACCUGGGUGCAAGGAAAAGACAUGCCUGACCAUGAAAGAGAAAGCUACAGCGUAAGCUUACUUGGAGCAAAUAUCUAUGUGACAGGAGGUUACAGGACAAACACGGUGGAGGCUCUGGACACGGUUUCAGUUUAUAACUGUGACGAUGACGAAUGGACAGAGGGCUGUCCCAUGAUAACAGCCAGAUACUACCACUGCUCUGUGGCUUUGCACGGCUGUAUUUAUGCAGUUGGAGGCUACAGAGGAGGAGCUCCGGAAAAGGAGACAGAAUUUUAUGAUCCUCUGAAAAAGAAAUGGUUCCCUGUGGCCAAAAUGAUCCAAGGUGUAGGAAACGCCACGGCCUGUGUAAUGGGAGAUAAAAUCUAUGUGACUGGAGGCCACUAUGGUUACCGAGGAAACUGCACCUAUGAAAAAAUCCAAGUCUACAGGCCAGACGUGAAUGAGUGGAGUAUCUUCACAAUAAGUCCCCAUCCAGAGUAUGGCCUGUGUUCUGUGUCGCACCACAACAAGCUGUAUCUUGUGGGUGGACAGACGACUGUGGCGGACUGCUACGACACAGAGAGUGAUGAGUGGAGACAGAUGCCAGUGAUGAAGGAGAGGAGGAUGGAGUGUGGGGCAGCGGUUAUAAAUGACUGUAUUUAUGUAACAGGAGGCUAUUCUGAUUCAAAGGGGACUUACCUACAGAAUAUUGAGAAAUAUGACCCUCAACUGGACUCCUGGGAGAUCGUGGGGACUCUCCCAAGCCCAUCAAGAUCCCACGGGUGUGUUUGUGUUUUCAGUGUUUAGAGUCAUUAUCAGUUCUGUUGUCAUUUGUGCCGAACCGAUCAAAGAAUUACCGGAAUCUGUCAAAGUGUGAAAAUGCCAGGUCCACUACGCUUUUUUACUUCCAACUCAGGGGUUUCACAGUCAGCAUUUUUUGUUAAAAUGUUUACAGAUGGAAGGAAAAACGUCAAGUACUCCAACUCAGAGAAAAAAAAUAAGUGGUCUACUUGGCUGUUAAGUGGUUGAAUAAUAACUGCCAUCAUAAUGUGAUUCCUGCCUAAAUGAACCACUGUUUUCCACAUAAGGUAAACUGGAUGUAUGGUUUUAUUUUUUCUGUUAACUAUUUAUUAAAAAUCUAAUAUAUGAGAUUGGAAGUUUCAUGUGAACAGUCUAAAUUUUAGCUUCUUUUAGUAUCAGAAUUAAAGUAACUGAGACAUGCAACAAUUAAUGCUUUGCUCAGAAAUGAAGAUAC